AUGGUCGCCCACCUGCUCCUCUCCUACGCGGCCGCCAUCAGCCAAGAGACGAAGUCCACAGCGCGCGCGCCCUGGUGCGCGCGCGGCAGGGGGUGCGUCAGCCUGAUCCUGGGCCCGCCGCACGGCGCUCUACAAGUGCCGCUGGAGAAGCUGCGACGCGGAGGAGCGUCAGUGGGGGAGAUGGCAGUUGGGCUGUUGGUUAGCGUGCUGGUGUAUUCGCUGACGUCGAAGUUCAUGGCGCUUUUGGGCGCGUCUGCCUUCCUGCUUUCCUUAGUUGGUCGUCAGGACACGAUGCACUCUUACUGGCCCCUCCUGCGAGACUUGCUGCUGACCAAGACCCUGGUCUUCGUUCUUCUCUUCUCCUACGUGGCUGCAAUCAAUAGGGAAUUGGUGCCCAGAGCGCGCGCGCCCUGGUGCGCGCGCGGCCCGGGGUGCGCCAGCUUGCUUCUCGGCCCGGUUCACGACGCUGUGUACGUGCCCCUGGGAAAGUAUCGGCCAGGAGGACCGUUGGAAGAGGCGGUCGUCACGUUGAUCGUUAGCCUGCUGGUGGCGUCAACGGUCACGACGUUCACGGUCGUCGUACUUCGGUAA